GAUCUAUUCCUUUAAUAACUGUAACGGGUCAUAGGGAUCCAUAGAAUUGUUCUCUCUUAGAUUAGUGAGAUAUCCAUUGAAGUGCACUCAACGUUCUCCAUUGAAGCGCAGUUGGCGUUAUCCGUUGAAUCUAGUUCUUGUAUCCCCCAUUGAAGCAGCUUCUGAGAUUAAUGGAUUGUAGAGAAAGGUACUUGCAUUCAUAUUGGAUCACCAAGGUUACUAGAUUUUCUGCUAUACUACUGUGGAAUGUUCUACAUUUUUUGGUGACAAUAUGGUACUGGGUAAACGAUGUAUAUUACACGCUUGAAAGCUACCUUAUCACUUGUGGAUUUUUUAAGAAAUACAGAUCUUUAGAUCCAAGUAAGGUGAAAUACCUGGCUAUUGUGAUUGAAAGUGAAGAAGCGCACCAGAUUUCAGAAGUUAUUGAGCUUUUGCAUUGGGUGACUGCUAUUGGAGUGAAGAAUGUUUGUCUUUAUGAUAUGGAAGGGGUGUUGAAGCAAUCACAGGAGACCAUCAUAGCUGAAUGCGAUGCAAGACCACGGAAGGCAGUUGAAACAGAUGAAGCUGUCCUAAAGCCUAGUCAGUUGAUCUUGGAGUUUGUUUCAGUCUCUGAUGGGAAAGAAGGUGUAGUGAAAGCAGCAAAUUUGCUUUUUUCAAAGUAUAAGGAUGGUAAUGGAGACAAGACAAAAUUUACUGAACCAAUCAUUGACGAGGCUUUACAACUAGUUGGUUGUUCUGGUCCCGAACCUGAUCUACUCUUAAUUUACGGACCUGCAAGAUGUCAUCUUGGCUUUCCACCAUGGAGAUUAAGCUAUACUGAGAUUGUUCAUAUGGGAAAUUUGAAGUCUAAGAAAUACAGCUUCUUAAUCAAGGCCAUUUACAGAUUCACUACAGUUUGCCAAAAUUAUGGUACAUAGCAUAGCAUAUACACCAGAAGUGCUACUGAGUCAGAUAAAAGGCGAAGCAUUUUAAACAUGCCAGAACACUAUAUGGAUGUAUGAGUAGGCUUAACCAUAUACCACAACAUUCUUAUGGGGAGGGAGAACCUUAAAUACAUGAAUUGUUAUCUCCUCCCACAACCCCCAAAAUAAGAAAGUUGGUUCCCGUUUGUAGGGAGGCGAUCAUUUUGUACUUCUUAAAGCUCUUGUGAGUUUGGCACAAGGUUGUAAAUUGAUUGAAAUUGAUUUGUUUAUGAACGUGCACGUCCAUGAGAAGGCUCAUCUUGAACGAUAAUUUAUGAACAUAAACUUGUUAUUGCAGUAGUUUAUCAUGAUGAAAACCAUUGAAAUAGUUUGUAGUUAUAGAAACGUUUUCAGUCAUAUCAUUUAUAUAGUAAGGUGAUAUUUUCUUCA